GGCUUGGCGCCGCAAGCAACGCCCCAAAGAGGAGGGGAGAGCGCGCGGGCGAGGAAGGGAGACGGCUCGGUAGCGAGGGCGAGGGCGAGCGCAGGCGGCUGCCCGCCUAGAGGAGGGAGCCGGGCGAGGGCGAGGAGGGAGCCGGCGGGGCGCAGGCGAGGCGGGGACCGGGCGCGCGCACUUUUCCCGCAAAGUGCCAACUACCCGGGAGAGAGUUCCGGGCGCUCAUCUCUGGGCGCGGGGGAAAGUCAGCAGUCAGCGGGAAUUUGAGAUUUUAGGAAAGAAAGUCCGAUCUCCCGGUCCCCUUUCCCUUGUUACCGAUCCCUAUUAAAAAGAAAAACAACAGGAAUAACAGCAAACUUGCUCUAGUCUUGUCUGUACCCCAUUCCUGGCACCAUGAAGGCGGCCGUCGAUCUCAAACCGACACUCACAAUCAUCAAGACGGAAAAAGUGGAUCUGGAGCUUUUCCCCUCCCCCGGUGGGAAUCAAGUGGCAUGGAAAUGAGCAGCCUGAUGAAGCAGCAUCUCCAGGAUCUCAGAGAGCGAGGCAUCAAAGAAUAUGGAAUGUGCAGAUGUCCCACUCCUAACUCCAAGCAGCAAAGAAAUGAUGUCUCAAGCCUUGAAAGCUACAUUCAGUGGUUUUUCUAAAGAGCAGCAACGCCUGGGAAUCCCAAAAGAUCCCCGGCAGUGGACAGAGACCCAUGUUCGGGACUGGGUGAUGUGGGCUGUCAAUGAGUUCAGCCUGAAAGGUGUGGACUUCCAGAAGUUCUGUAUGAACGGAGCAGCCCUCUGUGCACUGGGGAAAGACUGCUUUCUCGAGCUGGCUCCAGACUUCGUUGGGGAUAUCUUGUGGGAGCAUCUGGAGAUCCUGCAAAAAGAGGAUGUGAAGCCGUAUCAAGUUAAUGGAGUCAACCCCACCUACCCGGAGUCCCGCUAUACCUCGGAUUACUUCAUUAGCUAUGGUAUUGAGCAUGCCCAGUGCGUCCCUCCUUCGGAGUUCUCCGAGCCCAGCUUCAUCACCGAGUCCUACCAGACCCUCCAUCCCAUCAGCUCGGAGGAGCUCCUGUCCCUCAAGUAUGAGAACGACUACCCCCCGGUCAUCCUCCGGGACCCUCUGCAGACGGACCCCUUGCAGACCGACUACUUUGCCAUCAAACAAGAAGUUGUGACCCCCGACAAUAUGUGCAUGGGGAGGACCAGUCGUGGGAAGCUCGGGGGCCAGGACUCCUUUGAGAGCAUAGAGAGCUACGACAGCUGUGACCGCCUCACCCAGUCCUGGAGCAGCCAGUCGUCCUUCAACAGCCUGCAGCGCGUCCCCUCCUACGACAGCUUCGACUCGGAGGACUACCCAGCCGCCCUGCCCAACCACAAGCCCAAGGGCACCUUCAAGGACUAUGUGCGUGACCGUGCUGACCUCAACAAGGACAAGCCUGUCAUCCCUGCCGCGGCCCUGGCUGGCUACACAGAUAAACUAGAGCCUGUCCACCGUCACACAGUAACCAAAUCCGCGGACCGCACCCAGAACCUGGGAGUUCUGCCUGGCAGCGGACCGAUCCAGCUGUGGCAGUUUCUUCUGGAAUUACUCACUGAUAAAUCCUGUCAGUCUUUUAUCAGCUGGACAGGAGAUGGCUGGGAAUUCAAGCUUUCUGACCCAGAUGAGGUGGCCAGGAGAUGGGGAAAAAGGAAAAACAAACCUAAGAUGAAUUAUGAGAAACUGAGCCGUGGCCUUCGCUACUAUUAUGACAAAAACAUCAUCCACAAGACGGCGGGUAAACGCUACGUGUACCGCUUUGUGUGCGACCUGCAGAGCCUCCUGGGCUACACGCCCGAGGAGCUCCAUGCCAUGCUGGACGUCAAGCCCGAUGCCGAUGAGUGAUGGACACCCUGGGGCUGGGGAAACUCUCCUGAGGCAUUUUAAAGAACAACCACGUCGGUCGGACUCUUAAUUUUUAAUUGUUAUUCUAUUUUUAAUUUUUCCAGAGCUCGUUUUUUUUACAUUCAGGGGUGGGAGCUAAGUGAGCUGCAGCUAUAAUCAAUUGUGCGCUGUCGGAAGAGGAGGGCCAGGACUCGUGGGGCGGGUGGGACAAGAAAUUCUUGAGCAAGAAGGGCCUUCUUACAAGCUUGAAGAAUCUGGCUUAAGGGAGGAAGAGACAAAUGUGUCCCAUCAUUUAAAAAAAAAAAUAUUCCAUGAAAAAAGAAAAGUGUUUUGAGUCAUGGACCUAUUAGCAAAAGAAAUCGAUGCACCAGGGGCUAGGAGACCAAUAAAAGGCAAUUCGUUUGCUUUUGUUUUCAGGUCUGGGAGGGCAAAAAAGUGGGAGGUGGGAUCAAAUCUUUUGUUUGGGGGAUGCACUAAAAACCAAGGACUAUUUACCUUUUAUUCUCUUUCGAAACAAAGAUGGACUUCCAUGUAGUGGGGCCAAAACUGUUUUCGUGUUAAAAUUUAUUCAAUUAAAUUUUGUGCCAGUAUUUUUUUUUUUUUCCUUAAAAAUCGUCUUAAGCUCUAAGGUGGUCUCAGUGUUGCGGUAUAUCAUGCAAGUUUGUUUUUAUUUGCCGGUUGAGGAUUCUGUCACCGUGAAAGGAAACUGUUUAUAUAGACCCCACUGGAAAGGCAAAGUGCUGUCACUGAGAUGGGGGACCCCAAAUUCGUGUGACUGAUAUAUGAAGGAAAAAUAAUGCUGAUUUGGGUGCAAGGAAACUGUGCAUGGGAAUUUCACCUAUAAUUUUAAACAAUUAUGAUCACACCCCUCUACUUACUUGUCAUUCGUGGAUCCUCGGGGCUUGGACGUAACGUUGGGCUAAGAAGCAUUAAGUCUUGGAACUGAAUGUAUUUUUUGGACCACACCUGGUUUGGGACCACAGCAAAUGUAGGAGCACUGUAGAAGUCAUGGAAGGGGGAUUGAUGGGGAAUGAUGGACCUGGUUCUGGACUGGUUUUGUACCUGCAACAAAUAUGACUUGGAAUAAAAAUCUGUAUGCAUAGGCAUUA